AUGUCGUUACAACAGGGCCGUGUGGUUUCUCAGAUACUAUUGAGACAUUUCGGUGAAAUAGUACAAAAAGUUGGUGACGAUAUAUUUGCAUGUGGAAGAAAAUCGAUCGCCUUGAUAGUGAGAACAACAGAGCUUCCUCGCUCGCAGGUAAUUGAAAGCCUAAGAACUCUAUUGAAAUUUGAUUUAGCAACUUUUGAAGCAGAAACCACUGUGGAAUAUAAAUUGAACCCAGAAAAUAUUUUGUUGCUGAUUAGAUACCCUAGAUAUCUUCUGCAAAUGAAAAGUAAAUAUGGCAGUGAAGCAGAGAUGAUUGUAGAGGAACUUUUGCACCAGGCUUCUAGUACUGCCACUGUACUAUUAGUUUCAAUAAUGAACAAGUAUAAAGAUGACAAGGAGAAAAACCUAACCAUGGUCAAAUUAAAAGAUACAUUUAUCAGCCUAGCCACCGCUGGUUACAUCCAGCAGGCCCCGGUGGCCGAGCUCAAAGACGGCAGUGACAUUCCUACACUAGUACCAGUGGCCACCAUUGUGCCAGAUCUUGAUGUAAGAGAAUUAUUGCAGGCUAUGAGCUCUAAUUUAGCCGACUGUAAAGAUAAUACUUACUGGAAAGUUAACUAUGAAAGAUUUCACUUGGACUUCAGAGAUGAUAUGAUGAUAAAGGCAAUUACGCGGCGCAUUGAUGAUAAUGCCGGUGAACUCAUGCGUCUAAUGCUAGAACAAAUGUAUCUGACCUCACCUGCGUGGGCAGUGGAGUCAUCCCCUGUGCCGGCCUUUGACCUUAGAGAAGGGGUGAAAAGGAUGACUGACCGACCGCUAUUGAAUCAGCAUAUUGACCAGUAUCUAAAGGUUUUGGAGGAAAACGGCGCAAGUUUCAUUCGUCGCUGCGGUGACUCGGGUGGGGGUCAGUACGUGGUGCGCAUGCGCCGCGCCUCAGAAGUACUAUUGGAGGCGCUGCUCGACCACACCGUCACCGAACGACUGGGCUCCAAGGCGGCUAGGAUUUUCCGUUUAAUUCGAACGAAAAAGAACACAGAAGAAGAAGAUAUACAGAAAAAUGCAAUGUUACCGAACAAGGAAUGUAAGGAGCUGACGUACAAGUUAUUGGAAGAUCAGUUUAUUCGCUUUCAGCCCAUGCGGAAAGCUGCAUCCAUCGGAGGAAACGCGAAGGCGAAUUAUUUAUAUCACGUUAACUUGUAUGAUGCGGCCGAGACCGCGCGCGCGCUGAGCCUGCGCGCGCUGCACAACGUGCUGAGCGCCGCCGUCAGCACGCGCCGCGCGCACGCGCGACUGCUGGACAAGCGGCGCCGCGUGCGCUCCAUCGUGCACGGCAUGCGGGUGCGCGGCGAGCCGCAGCAGAACAUCGACGACGUGCUGGAGACCCUGACGCCGCUGGAGCUGGCGGCGGUGGCGGGCGCGGAGCGGCGCCUGCGCCAGCUGGCCGCCGCCGAGCUGGAGCUGGACCGCGCGCUGUUCCUGCUCGCCUGCCACGCCGCCUUCCCGCGGUAG